AUGCUCCUUGAAAAAGCGCUUUUCCUCUUUGAAGUUGAAGCAAAGAAGAAGAACCUGAUACCAGCUGAUGGAAAGGAGGAAAUUCCUCGGCCAGGAACAUAUGGUUUAGAUGCUGACGAAGGCGUAGAAGAAGAGGAAGGAGAUGAGGAAAAGGAGAAAGGAUAUAACGCGGACACUGAUGAGCUGGAGGGACACUAUGAGGCAGAGUACGCUGAAGUGGACCCUGAAUACGAGCUAACCAAUGAACCCAACUUGAAUGAAGGUGGAAUCAGUGAUCAAACCAAACUUGGGGAUCCACCAAAUACUCUCCCUGAAGAAGGGAACGGCAGAACAGAAAAUGGUGAAAAGGAUGUUUCAGCACUGGAGUCACUAAAAGAGAGAAUAGAAGAAACUAAGAAAUUUAUCGAAAUGGAAAGAGAAUACGCCAAGAAAUCUAUUCCAAAAGUCUCAGAAAAGAACGACGUUAGUGAAAGGAAACCUAUUAAGGAAACGAAUAAGACAGGUCAACUGCAGUUGUUCAAGAAAGUGUUCCAAGCCUGA